CCCGUGCAUAGCAAAAGACAAGAAAAGGAAAUGGAAAACUGAACACCACAAGUGUUGAAGCGUCUUUUUUCCUUGUGUCAAAUUUCAAAAGUCUCCCCCAAAAACUAGAAGAUCAUUUGUCUAUCGCUCUCUGCUCUCGUGCAUGCAGAACGCACGUUGCAGCUUCUUGUUUUUCUUUUAGAAACGACCAGCCAGCAACACAAACACACGCACUUUUGUUUUAGAGUUUUGUGUUUUCGACCAUGGAAGUUCGCCUCAUACGAUAUCAGUAAAGAGAGUGACAUAAAGGUGAUGCAAGGCCAUCUGCCCCUUUCGCUCUUGUAAACGAACGUAUAUAUUUAGCGAUAUAGUUUGUUACCCAUGUGGAGUUUGUUGGUGGUUCUGUGUUUGCUGCUGUGUUCUGUGGAAGGAGGUGUCGUCAUUGAAGGUGGUGGUGCAUCGUUUCCAGCUACAUUAUAUCAGAAAUGGAUGGACGAAUUCACCAACAAGUAUGCAACCUACCUCUCUGGCAUACACUACACACCCUCCAGCAGCACCAAUGGCGUCAAGCUCCUUACUUCCGGAUCCAUCAACUUUGCCGGCUCCGACAUCCCACCAGAAUCGUCGGAUCCGUCCAUUGUCUACUUUCCCUCCGUUGCUGGCGCCAUCGCCAUCGCAUACAAUAUCCCCGGCCUAGCAGCCCCGCUUACGCUUACCCGACAGAACAUUGCGGAUAUAUUUAGCGGACGGGUAACAACCUGGGCGGAUGCGAGCUUGCAAGCCAGGAACCCCGGUUUGGGCCCUGCGUUGGCGGGAAAAACACCACCACCGCGGAUUCAACUCGUGGUGCGAAAACCGGGAUCCGGCACCACAGGCAAUUUCGUGGCUGCUUUGCAUUCGUUUGAUUCGAGUUUUCCUGGACCGAUCAGUGCCAAUCUUGAUUGGAGCACCUUGAGCAAUAUUACCGGUGCGCUGGUCGCCAGCACCAAUGGUGCCGUCGGAAUCCUUGUUUCCUCUCUUCCUUAUGCGGUAUCGUACAUGGAUUUAACAGAAGUGACUACUUCGGCGAACAACGGGGGUCAAGUAGGUGUAGCUAAUGUGAUCAAUAAGAAUGGUGAUACAGUAUUGCCGAGUACCACUUCGCUGCAGGCGGCCAUGUCCAUCGAACGCUCCCUCGAUCCCAGCGAGCUGAAUAAGAAUGUGAUCGAUUCGGCCAGCCCUGGUGCAUAUCCUAUGACAGUGUUUACAUACAUUGUCUUGAGAAACAAGUUCAUCGCAAAUGAUACUGCGACAGCGCGGUGGACGCUGAGGUACUUGUAUUGGACGUUGACGAACGGAGGGUCCACUGCCAUAGCAAACCAAUUUGCUCCGCUGAGUCCCGCUUUAUCCCAAUACUCUCUUACCCAACUACAGUCUAUCACAAAUGGAAACCAAAGCCUGUACGGGCAAUCUCUUUGCGACUUUCCGCCGGGACAUCCCAAAGGCUGCGUCAACGGCGCCUGCUUCCUGGACCUCCCUUUCCAAGAUGCUAAAGCGCAAUGCAUCUGUACAUCGGGCCACAUCAAUGUUGAUAAGAGCGAUUGCUCCGAAUCCGUGCGUGUCUAUCGCGUAGCCCGAGACGAUGCAUUUGGAAUUACGUCCCUGGUACUAAUGUUGAUUGGAUGGGCUAUCGUUGGAGGAAUUUGGGCCGUGGUAUUUUGGUGCAGACAUCGACCACAAAUCAAAGCCAUUUCACCGGCGUGUUGUUGGGUGUUACUGGCAGGAUGUAUGGUAGGACUGUGCGGAAUCCUGCCCUAUGCAGGGAUCCCCACGUAUGCAAUGUGUCGCCUGCGGGUAUUUUUUCCCCCAGUUGCUUUUGGAAUGGGUUUCGGAAUGAUGCUCAUGAAGCUCUGGCGUAUUUACCUCAUAUUUGAACACCAACGCAACUACUUUCGCUUGAGUAUCGGACUCGGGGAUCGCAAAUCCCGUGUGUCAUUUGCGCGGAACUCUCACCUAAUGAUCGGCACACUGCUCAUUGUCCUCGUCGAAUUCCUCCUCGCGGGUGCUUGGGUUAUAGUCACCUCCCCUUACGUCGAAACUCAUCUCGAUGACUCUGCAACCGGCAAAGUCCAUGCGGAAUGCACGGUGGAACCUAGCAAAAAAGCCCUAGACACCUUGUUGACAUCCGUUCUCUACGUCUUUAACGCUGGACUCUUGAUUGCCUGUCUUUUGAUGGCUUUCCACACCCGUCGAGCCUACAAACGAUUCCGGGAGAGCAAGACAAUGGGAUUUUGCAUCUACAUUGUGGGCGUUUUGAUGAUUUUUGGUCUACCGGUCUUGUACGCCAUUCCCGCCAAAGAGGAAACGACCAUAGGAAUUCGCAAGUUGGUAACUUGCAUCAUCAUCUUUUGUUCCUCGACUGGUGUCGCAUUACUGUUAUUUGUUCCGAGGCUCAUUGAGACGUUUAAUGGCGAUGAUUUGAAUGUAGACAAGUAUUCACUAGAGCCGCGGGGGAGUAGUGCGCGAGAUGUGAUGGUGUCAAGUGCUCCAAGCACUUACGGGGCCGGGUCCUCUGUGCAGCCUGGGUCUUCGACACCCAUCUGCAUGGACGUAACAGUUCGAAAAGACAAUGUGGAUGCAACAUGGGUGCCGUCUCUCCUCUGUAUUAUUCCCCACGUCGACCUCCUCCUCUUUCUUGCCAACGACAAUGUCCUCCUCUCAUUUAAAAUGAGUGACGUCCGGUAUGAAGUCCUUCAAAUCCGGCCUGCUGUCGUACCCAAUCCCGUCAAGAGAUUCUCGGCCGGGGAAACUGGUAGUAAAGUCAAAUCUCGUAUUAUGCUCUACCAAAACACGGAGCGGUGGACGGCUUGUAUGGUGGAAUUUAAAAGUGGGACGGGAUUGCAGCAGUUGAUGUCCUUGUUGGGAGAUGUAGGGAAGGAAGGUGAUAUAUCGAAUGGGACAGUGGUCGAUGAGGUGACUGUUUAAAAGAGGUGACCGCAAUGUGGGCAGUUGUGGUUGAGAUAUGUAGAUACCCCCCUCCUUUAUUGUCUUGUCAAGGCAGUGAAUUUUGCUUUUUCGACAAAUGGUGCAUUUUUCUUUUGGUUGCUGGGAUUUCUUCCAGCUAUGAUUCGUUUUUCUUUGUAGAGUAGGCACGUUUUUUUUUUUCACUUUUCUGCAUUUAUUAGAGAAUAGCAUCUCUUGAAACUUCUCGCAUAUUUUCAAUAUACUAGUUGUGCGUGAGUGUUGGGUACGUCCAUCCACCCUUUGAG